AUGUCCUCUCCCGAUGAAGCUGUGCGAUUCUACUUGACUUUCACGAAGCAGUCGAGGUCUCGAGUGAUGGGGCGAUCGGCCAGCCCUUCCUCGGGUCGCUACACCUCAGGAAUUACAGGCUCCAGAAUCAGCCACGAGUGCCUGGGUUUCAGGGUGUCGGUGCCCUGGCGGGAGAAGCGCCUCCGGCUCUACAGGGCGUGCGUGCUUGGGACCGUGGGCAUCAAGCUCCCGGACACCACGCUGGCACUUCCUGCCACGGCCACCCCCGCUCCACGCCUCGUGUUUCUCCAGGGUAGUCUUGGCCAGCGGAGAUGGAUCAGAGCCGACGGUGGCGGAUCGUCGUCCGGAAAUGGGUCUGGGGCCGCCCCUGCCGCCCCUGCCGCCCCUGCCGGGGGCUCCCGCUCCUCUUCCCGGAACUUGGGGUCAUCAGGCGGUGAGAAGGAAGAAGGCAAGAAGGCCCGGCGGCAGUGGGAGUCGUGGAGCACAGAGGACAAGAACACCUUCUUCGAGGGGCUGUACGAGCACGGGAAAGACUUUGAAGCCAUCCAGAACAACAUCGCCCUCAAGUACAAGAAGAAAGGGAAGCCCGCGAGCAUGGUGAAGAACAAAGAGCAGGUCCGCCACUUCUACUACCGCACGUGGCACAAGAUCACCAAGUACAUUGACUUCGAUAACGUGUUCUCCCGUGGACUGAAGAAGUCGUCCCAGGAGCUGUAUGGUCUGAUCUGCUAUGGCGAGCUGCGGAAGAAGGUUGGGGGCUGUAUGGACGACAAGAAUGCCACGAAGCUGAACGAGCUCAUCCAGGCGGGGGCCACCACCGUGCGCUACAAAGGGAGAAACCUGCGGAUCAAAGCGCCCAUGUGCCGAGCUCUGAAGAAGCUGUGUGACCCGGACGGCUUGAGUGACGACGAGGACCAGAAGCCGGUGCGCCUGCCCCUGAAAGUCCCUGUGGAGCUGCAGCCGAGGAACAACCACGCCUGGGCCCGCGUGCAGAGCCUGGCUCAGAACCCGAGGCUCAGGAUGAUCGUGGAGCUCCACCGGAAGGUCUCCAGCCUCAUCGAAUUCUUAAAACAGAAGUGGGCGCUCCACGAAGUGCGGAUCCGGAAGACGCUGGAGGACCGGCAGCUGCAGCACUCACUCGCGGCGCCCGCGCAGGAGAAGGUGGCCCUGCACCUGUUCCCCGGAGAGAGCUGCACGCUGACACCGCUCCCGGGUGUGGCCCGCGUGGUGCACUCCAAAGCCUUCUGCACAGUGCACUGGCAGGAGGGCGGCCGGUGCAGGCAGAGCGCCAGGGACACCCACACAUUGCCUCCAGCGCAGAUCCUGGGCAUCCAGAGCGGCCAGGGCACGGCCAGGGGCCAGGUGAAGUGUCCACGGGGUGGCACCGAGGGCAAGGGCCCCGGACGUCCCCCUCCGUCCACCGACGCCUCGCAGAGCUCCGGAGAGAGUUCCCCUGAAAGUGCCCCCGGGGAGGGGGCCGCCCCAAGCCUCGGUGGUCUAGACACUCCUGACAGGCUCCAGGAUGCGGGGGCGCGGCUCGAGAAGACCCCCACGGCUGCUCCUGCAGAUGGCCCCGCCCGAGAGCCCGGGGACGUGCCGUGCACCUGCGGCCAGCUCCCAGAGCUGGAGGAGGAGCUCUCCCUCCUUGACCCCUUCCCCCGCUACAUGAAGUCCUGUCAGGACCUCAUCAUCCCCGAGCAGUGCCGAUGCGCGGACUCGCGGCCCCCGGGGUGCCCCUCCCCAGAGACUCGUGGUCCUGGCAGCGCGGAGGCGGCUGACCUUGCCCGGGCCGGGGCCCCAUCCCCCGUCCGGGCCCCACCGGGUCCAGAGCUUCAGUCCAGUCCCGGGCUCCAGCCAGAUGUUUGCACUAAAGACUUGGCAGACGCACCCGCGGAGGAGCCCCAGGACAAGGGGAGCCCCCUGGAACCCCUGCCUCAGGGACAGCCUGCCGCCAAGCCUCCGAAGGACGUCCCUGCCAGCCGGCUCGCCCAGCAGCUCCGUGAGGAGGGCUGGAACCUGCAGACCUCCGAAAGCCUUACGCUGGCCGAAGUCUACCUCAUGAUGGGCAAGCCGAACAAGCUGCAGCUGGAGUACGACUGGCUGGCCGUGCUGGGCCCCGAGGGCCAGGCCCCCGGCGGGCAGGCGCAGGGCCCCCGCGGCGGCUCCCCGCCCCCCACCUUCCACAAGCAGCGCCUGCUCAGCUGCCUCCUGAAGCUCAUCUCCACCGAGGUCAACCCCAGACUGGCUCCAGAAGGGAACGUCAGCUCCACGGCUUCUGCGAGGCCCGCCCAGGAGGAGCAGUCCACGACCCCGCCAGGGAAGGUGGUGACCGUCAGCUCCCGGAGCCCGCGCUGCCCGCGUAGCCAGUCCGCCCUGCGCAACAGCAAGGCCUUCUCUCCGAGCUCCGCGUCCUGCUCCUCAGGUCUGAGAAACCCGCCGAGACCCCUGUUGGUGGCUGGCCCCUCCAGCACAGGCAGCAGUGACUCAGACGGUGGCCUUUUCGCUGUCCCCACUACUUUGCCGCCCAACAGCCGACACGGGAAGCUCUACUCUCCCAGUAAGGAGACAGAACUGACUUUCCGUCAGCACCUGAACUCCAUCAGCAUGCAGUCGGAUUUCUUCCUGCCGAAGCCCAGGAAGUUGCGGAACCGGCACCUGCGGAAGCCAUUGGUGGUCCAGAGAACACUGCUUCCUCGGCCAUCUGAAAACCAGUCCCACAACGUCUGUUCCUUUUCCAUCCUGUCCAAUUCUUCCAUAACUGGCAGAGGCUCGUUCCGGCCCAUCCAGUCCUCCCUGACCAAAACGGCCCUGUCUCGGCCGAUUGUGCCCAAGGCCCUUCCACCCCAGGCCCCGGGCCAUCUGGCCAGUGCUAUCGACUUGGCAGCUAAAAGUGCCGGCAUCAUCCCCGGGAGCCCCCUGCCUGUCUUGGACACUGAAGGCUUGUCUGGCAUCUCCCCGCUCUCUUCAGACGAGGUGACCGCUACUGUCCCGGGUCACGACUCCACCAGCACCCACCAGAACGGAGACCCCAUCCCUGCCGUGGGGGGCGCCAGCGGCCCGUUCGUCAGCGUUCCCUCGAGGCCUGAGCAGGAGCCGGUGACGGACAGUUUCCAGGGCUCACCUGUUCUCUCCUUAUCUGAGCUGGCCAAGGCUCCCCUCCACAACGGGCUCCCCACACCCGUGCCCGCUCCGGAGGGCUCCAGCAGCCGCCUAUCCCCGCCCAACGUCUCCGCACUGCUGGACAUCUCCCUGCCCGGCCCGCCUGAGGACGUGCUCUCGCAGGGCGAGCCCGCCACGCACAUCAGCGACUCCAUCAUCGAGAUCGCCAUCAGCUCCGGCCAGUAUGGUGAGGGAGUCCCUCUUUCUCCAGCGAAGCUGAAUGGCAGUGACAGUUCCAAGAGCCUUCCGUCCCCAUCCAGCAGCCCCCAGCCGGACUGGAUCGCCUCCCCUACCCACGACCCCCAGUGGUGCCCCAGCGACCCCACAGACUCGUCGCUCAGCAGCUUGUUUGCGAGUUUCAUCUCCCCGGAGAAGAGCCGGAAGAUGCUGCCGACCCCCACGGGGCCCCCCAGCGGCACCUCUCUGCUGGGCCCCAGCUUGCUGGAUGGCAACUCGAGAGACUCCUUCGUGUCCAGGUCCCUGGCUGACGUCGCUGAGGUUGUGGAUUCCCAGCUGGUGUGCAUGAUGAAUGAAAACAGCAUCGAUUACAUAUCUCGAUUCAAUGAUUUGGCCCAAGAGCUAGCCAUCGCCGACCCCAGCCGCCGAGAGGUCCUGUUUGAUGGCAGUGGAGGUGGGCCCCCCGUCGGUGACCUGUCCCAGUGA